GCGAGACACCACUAUUCUGAAUUUUGCUCGCCAUCUUGGAUACUGGCGAGGACUCUUGAAGAAAGAAAACCACCCAAAACGAUCAAGAUAUACGCCUUUAAAUUCGCCUCAAGAUGGAGGUUGUUAAAGCCUUCAACGGCGAGCUUUCCUCGCUGUAUGAAGGCAAGCCUCCCAUCUCGAAAGCCAAGAUGACAGCAAUUACAAAGUCUGCCAUCAAGGGCAUCAAAUUCUACAAACACAUAGUUCAGAGCGUGGAGAAGUUCGUUCAGAAGUGCCGGCCCGAGUACAAGGUUCCAGGCCUGUACGUUGUGGACUCGAUUGUGCGCCAGUCGCGGCACCAGUUUGGCCAGGAGAAGGAUGUGUUCGCACCCCGGUUCACCAAGAACAUCCACAACACCUUCCAGCACCUCUUCAAGUGCCCCGUGGAGGACAGACCCAAGAUUGUGCGGGUGCUCAACCUGUGGCAGAAGAACCAGGUGUUCCCCCCGGAUGUCAUCCAGCCGCUUUUGGACAUGGCGAGCCCCAGUGCGGUGUUGGCGGCAGGGGACAUGAGCGAGGGGCCCGACAUGGGCCUGGACUCGAAGCCCCCCAGCAAGGCGGCGAUGGACCAGAUGGCCUCCUGGAAGGGCUGGAACCUGGGAGGCAACAGCGUCCAGGACAAUGCCUCCGCCCCUCCACAGGAGACCAAGACCUACGCCCUGACGCAGGAGAACUUGAACCUAGCCCUGGCGGCAGAGGCGGAAGGCGCGAGCGCCCCGGACCCCGAGAUGCUGGUGAAGCUCCAGAGCCUGGCGUCGCAGCUGCUGGGGGCGAGAGCGCUGGGAAGCGGGAACGCCAUUGCCGAAGAGAAGCCCAGUCAGCCCUCGGCCCCGGCCGUCAAGUUCAACAAGAAACUGCUGGACUUUGACUACGGGGACGAAGAGGAAGAGGAGGAGGAGGAACCCGUGGAGGAAACGAGCACCCUGGCCCCGCCCGAGACAAACCUGGAGGACUCCGGAGGACGGCCGUCAGAACCCAAUGCUCUGGCACUCAGCAUGGCUCAGAACCUGCUGAACAAUCCGGAGUUGCUGAAGCAGCUGCAGCAGAUGCAGCAGACCCUUCAGCAGACGGAGGUGCUCAGGGGCUCGGAGACGUCGGCCGCCCCCGCGGCCCCUUCGUCGCUCGGCACAGCCGCGCUCCCCCAGUGCUCGGAGACUGGCAAGGCGCCCUCCCCUCAUCCGCAGACCCCGCAGGGGCCGGACGGGCAGCCGCUGGCGACGACUGCGGGGUACCUGACGGCCUCGGCCUCGGUGGUGAACUCCCUGGCGCCUGCGGUGAGCUCUGGGCUUUCCCAGCUUUUCCAGACAGACUUUGUGGGGGCCUCUGGUGCUCCUUUGCUGCCCGAAUCUCUGAGCCAGCUGAACAUGCCCCUUUACCCGCCGGCGAUGGCGAUGCCUCAGGGAGUCCCCUACGGGGCCGGUGCAAUAGGGCCGGACGCCGUGUCCCAGGGGUACCCGCCGGCCCCCCAAGGUGUGCUGGCCCCCCCCAUGGGCGAGCUCUCCGGCCUGGAGGGCGUGCCCAUGCCCCCCGCGGCUGGCGUGGCCCCACCCGCGUACCUGAGUGGGGGCGACAUGGACGAGCGCUGCACUGUCUUGGCGCCCGGCGGAAGGGACCUGGACCUCAGGACAGGGGGUCUGUCCCCUCCCAGGGACAGAGACAGGCGGCGGCACAGUCGUUCCCGCUCUCCUCGGAGGCGUGGCCGUUCCCGGUCUCGGUCGCCCUCCCAGCGCACCACGCCGGGUGCCCGGUACAACGCCGCCAAGCGGGACCGGUCACGCGAGCGGGAGAAGGAGCGGGAGCGGGAGAGGGACCGCCGGCGCAAGGGCCUGCCCCCCGUCAAGAAGGACUGCCUCAGCGUGUGCAGCUCGACCUUGUGGCUGGGACACGUGCCCAAGUCCGUGUCGGAGACGGACCUUCACGACACCUUCGGCGAAUUUGGAAGCAUCGUCAAGAUUGAGAUUAUCGCCCCUCGUGGCUGUGCAUUCGUGUGCAUGGACCGGCGGCAGGAUGCCUUUCGUGCCCUGCAGAAACUCGCAAAAGCACUCAAGCUUCAGGGGAGCCUCAUCAAGAUGGCCUGGGCCCCUGGCAAGGGCGUGAAGAGCAAGGAGCUGAAGGACUUCUGGGAGGUUGACCUCGGCGUGAGCUACAUCCCGUACGAGAAGCUUCCCAAGGACGUCGACCUCGUGUCCCUGGAAGAGGGCGGAGUCAUCGACGAGGACUCUCUUCCUGAGGACCUCAGAGAGAAGCGGAGGGCCCAGGAACAGCAGCGCACUCAGGGUGGGCCCGGUCUGGCACCCUCCACGGCGGCCGGCGGCGGCGGUGCCGACGUGGUGGCCGCAAUGGCAGCCUUUCCGGGGGCCGCCAUGACCACCCCAGUGGUGACCACCAUGGCUGCCCCCGGGGGUGCCGCCACUGCGGUGGCCAUGGUGCCGCCGCCCGUGGCACAGUUUGGGAUCCCGCUGCCACCAGUUGUCCAAGUUAAACCGAGCGAACCUGAAAUAAAAGGCAUGCUGCCCUCGCAGGGCUUGGUGAUGCCACAGAUACCAGUGCCCAUGGGGGUGCCCGCUCCUCCAAACCACAUGCUGAUGGUGCCACCCCACGGCACCCAAACAUUGCUGGGCCACAGUGCACUGGGACUCCUCGGUCCACCGCCAUUGGGAAUCUCAGGAACUGCCCUUGGUCUUUCUCUGCACCCUCCCAUGAGCCUCCCGACCACCUCCCAGUCUGCCCCUGUACUGCCUGUGGCAACAACAGCACAGCUCAUGGCGGCGGCGGCAGCUGCGGCGGCCACGACGGCUACGGUGACGACCGACACUACUGCGACCACUGCGACGCCCAUGGCCAUCGACGGGGAUGCAACGCCGACAGACGAGGAUGGAACGAGUGUCAUGGACAGCGUGAGCGCCAUUCCUACUCCGGCAGACCCUCCGGAACAACAAGGCGAGGCGUCCAAGGAUUCAGUGUUUGGGAAACUUCUGCCACCACCAAUGUCUUUUCCGCCUCUCGCUGCGCCGCCAGGAGUUCCUUCGCAGUUCGUCACUCAGGGACUGGUGGGUGCUCAGAAGGAACCGCACCCUGCCGAAGCUAAGUUCAAGUCUCCGGGAUCUAGUCAAGAAACUUCUAGUGGAAAUGUGCAGGGCGCUGGCAUCUCUCAAGAGAAGCCACCACCGGAAGGCAUGCAGAUUGAGGACUCCAACUCCCAGGAACAACAGAGCGACUCAAGGACGGAGAUACGCAGCUUCGAGACGUCACCCUCGGCGAUACCUUUGCCGGUCGGACUUCAGGGCUUUAACUCCUCGCCGAUGCCUCCAAGAGGACUGGGGGGACCUCCCAUACGCUUCAGAGGACCGCCCCUAUUUCCGUUUGAUGGUCCACCGAUGCCCGAUGGAAGACCUGGAAUGGACUUUCCAGGUCCGAGACUGCUGGGGCCCGAUCCUAGGAUGAUGGGACCGCCUUCGGACUUCAGACAGGGAAGCCCUCAUGAGCAUCGAAUGUUGGGUGGUCCCAUGGAGCAGCGGAUGAUGGGUGGGGCAGAACAGCCGAUGAUGCGAGGUCCCAUGGAGCAAAGGCUGUUGGGCCCUCCAGAACAGAUGAUGGGUGGGCCUCCGGACUCGCGGAUGUUGAGGGGUCCCCCGGAGCAAAGGUUUCUGGGCAUGCCGCAGGAGCCAAGGAUGCUGGGAGGUCCUUUGUCACCAAGAAUGCUAGGGGGUCCUCCGGAUGAUAGACUAAUGGGUGGUCCACCAGAUCAGAGGAUGAUGGGAGGACCACGGGAGCACAGAAUGUUGGGCGGUCCACCUCACGAGCAUAGAAUGAUGGGUGGUCCUCCUCCUGAACACAGAAUGAUGGGUGGGCCCCCAGACCACCGGAUGUUGGGUGGGCCCCUGGAUCAUAGGAUGAUGGGUGGGCCCCCUGACCACCGAAUGUUGGGUGGACCGCUGGACCACAGAAUGAUGGGAGGCCCGCCAGACCAUAGGAUGUUAAACAUUCCUCCGGAGCACAGGAUGAUGGGCAGGCCAGGAGAUUUAGAACACCGGAUGAUGGGAGGUCCCCCUGAACACCGGAUGAGGGGGGGUCCACCAGACCAUCGGAUGAUGGGAGGUCCUCCGGAUCAUAGGAUGAUGGGCGGGCCUCCCGACCACAGGAUGAUGGGCAGUCCACCUGAACACAGAAUGCUUCCAGGACCUCAAGACCAGAGGAUGAUGGGAGGUCCACCGGACCACCGAAUGCUCGGACCUCCCGAUUUCAUGAUGGGUGGACCGCCGGAGUUUCGAAAGCUUGGACCGCCGGACUCGCGAAUGUUGGGACCGGGACCUCGAAUGCUGGGACCCAAUUUCGGCAUGAUGAGCCCGAAUCAGAUGGGGCCCCAUGGUCCAGGCGGAGCAGACUCGGACCCGGCAGAUAAGAUGGCAAAUUCUGAUGGCAAGAAGGUGGCAACUGACAAAGAGGAAGGCAAUGCCGGUGAAGGUGGUAAAGACGCGCACUCGGGCGAUAGGGAGGCAAAUAUGGACGAAAAGAAAAACAGUCAAAACGAGCCAUCCAAGAACUGGAAUCACCAGGUGGGAGGCGCCGAAGACGGCCGUGUACCAAAUUUAAUGGACGGUGGGCUCGGAAGACCCGACGGCGACAAGGGUCCCCAGAGCGACGGCGAUCGCGACAGGAAAGGCUUUGGCUUUUUUGGGCCACCCCGUACGAGGUUUGACGGUCCAGAAGAGCGGUCCGGCUUCAGACCUGCCUUCAACGAUGGGCCAAUGGAUCGCGGUUCCGAUAACGCCUGGGGAGGCAGGGACGGCGAAGAUGGCGGUGGGUUUGGCGGCGAUCGCCGCGUGUUCACGAAUGCCUUCGGCGAAAUGUCAGAAAGGCGGCGGAGCGGCGGUGGUGGCGGCGGCGGCGGCAGUGGGGGCGGCAGUGGCGGUCGAGGGGAGCGUAGGAGCCGCUGGUCUCGGGAAGACAACGAGUGGGACUCGCGGCGUAGUGAUCGCGCAGAUCGCAGUGAUCGAAGCGAUCGUGACCGAAGUGAUCGGGAUCGGAACGACCGUGACCGCAGAGACCGAGACCGUACCGACGGCAAAGACAGAAGCGACCGGGAUCGCUCGGACAAGGACCGUAACGAUCGGGAAAGAAGUGAUCGGGAUCGGAGCGACCGGGAUCGAAGCGAUCGUGACCGUAGUGAUCGGGACCGGAGUGACCGAGACCGCAGCGACAAAGAUCGGGACCGGAGUGAAAAGGACCGUAGCGACAGGGAUCGCAGCGACAAAGAUCGCAGUGAAAAGGAUCGCAGCGACAAGGACCGCGGUGACAGGGAUCGAGACCGAAGCAAAGACCGGGACCGAAGCAAAGAUCGGGACCGGAGCAAAGAUCGGGACCGGAGCAAAGACCGAGAUCGAAGUAGAGACCGCGAUCGAAGUGAUAGGGAUCGAGAUCGGAGUGAUAGAGAAAAGGGCGACAAGGAUCGUGAGCGUAGCGACAAGGAUCGUGAGCGCAGUGAUAAAGACCGUGGUGAUCGUGAUCGGAGUGAGCGUGAUCGCAGCAAAGGGGAUUACCGGAGAAGCCGCGAGACUGACCGGGAGCGUGAACGGAGCUCAGGCCGGAGCCACAGCUCGUUAGAACAAAGCUCGUCGGCUGUCGAGACCAACGGAGAGGUCUCCAAGGCCAACGGGAGCAGCUCACAGUCGUCGAAAGAGGACAAGGCGCUAGGCAAGGCGCUAGACAGGGCGCUGGACAAUGUGCUGGACAAGGCUGAGGCACCCAAGCCCCCGGAAGUGGAGGAGGUCAGUGGGACGGCGUGAUGAAGUGUGUGAGUGAGUGCAUGCGUGUGGCAACCUGUGUACAUAGCUACCGAGCGAAAGCGGUGGACGAAGCGCGGCUUUGCCAGUGCCACGGAGAACAGGCGACGACGCCGCGGCGUAUUUUCAAAACAAAUGCAGGCGCGAGACGCCCCCAAUGGCCCUGCGCCGGUCGCAAAACCAAAUAAAAGCAGCGUGAUUGUUUUUGUUACA